AUGAAGAUGAGACGCUACAAGCUCUUUCUCAUGUUCUGUAUGGCCGGCCUGUGCCUCAUCUCCUUCCUGCACUUCUUUAAGACCCUGUCCUAUGUCACCUUCCCCCGAGAACUGGCCUCCCUCAGCCCUAACCUGGUGUCCAGCUUCUUCUGGAACAAUGCCCCGGUCACGCCCCAGGCCAGCCCCGAGCCGGGCAGCCCCGACCUGCUGCGUACCCCACUCUAUUCCCACUCGCCCCUGCUCCAGCCGCUGUCGCCAAGCAAGGCCACGGAGGAAAUCCACCGGAUGGACUUCGUGCUGCCUGAGGACACCACCGAGUACUUCCUCCGCACCAAAGCCGGGGGCGUCUGCUUCAAGCCAGGUACCAAGACGCUGGAGAAGCCGCCACCAGGGCGGCCAGAGGAGAAGGCAGAGACGGGCGAAGGCGCGUCGGCGCGGGGCCCGGGCCGGCAGCUGCUGAGCACCCGGGAGCGGCCGGGGGGCCGCGGCGCGCGGCGCAAGUGGGUGGAGUGCGUGUGCCUCCCAGGCUGGCACGGGCCGAGCUGCGGCGUGCCCACCGUGGUGCAGUUCUCCAACCUGCCCACCAAGGAGCGCCUGGUGCCCCGGGAGGUCCCGAGGAGGGUCAUCAACGCCAUCAACAUCAACCAUGAGUUCGACCUGCUGGACGUGCGCUUCCACGAGCUGGGCGACGUGGUGGACGCCUUCGUGGUGUGCGAGUCCAACUUCACGGCCUACGGGGAGCCGCGGCCGCUCAAGUUCCGCGAGAUGCUGACCAACGGCACCUUCGAGUACAUCCGGCACAAGGUGCUCUACGUCUUCCUGGACCACUUCCCGCUGGGCGGGCGGCAGGACGGCUGGAUCGCCGACGACUACCUGCGCACCUUCCUGACGCAGGACGGCGUGUCGCGGCUGCGCAACCUGCGUCCCGACGACGUCUUCAUCAUCGACGACGCCGACGAGAUCCCCGCUCGCGACGGCGUGCUCUUCCUCAAGCUCUACGACGGCUGGACGGAGCCCUUCGCCUUCCACAUGCGCAAGUCACUGUACGGCUUCUUCUGGAAGCAGCCGGGCACCCUAGAGGUGGUGUCGGGCUGCACGGUGGACAUGCUGCAGACGGUGUACGGGCUGGACGGCAUCCGCCUGCGCCGCCGCCAGUACUACACCAUGCCCAACUUCCGCCAGUACGAGAACCGCACAGGCCACAUCCUGGUGCAGUGGUCGCUGGGCAGCCCCCUGCACUUCGCCGGCUGGCACUGUUCCUGGUGCUUCACGCCCGAGGGCAUCUACUUCAAGCUGGUGUCCGCCCAGAACGGCGACUUCCCCCGCUGGGGUGACUACGAGGACAAGCGGGACCUCAAUUACAUCCGGAGCUUGAUCCGCACGGGGGGCUGGUUCGACGGCACGCAGCAGGAGUACCCGCCAGCCGACCCCAGCGAACACAUGUAUGCCCCUAAGUACCUGCUCAAGAACUACGACCAGUUCCGCUACCUGCUGGACAACCCCUACCAGGAGCCCAAGAGCACAGCAGACGGUGGGCGGCGGAGCAGGCGUCCGGAGGGAAGGCCACCUGCCAGGAGCAAAUUGGAUGUGGUUGAAGGCUAA